AUGUCUCACAAUCUUGGUUCUUCAACCAAUAUCACAGAUUGGAUGAAGGAUAUGGAUGAUGAUUUUUGGGAUGAAACAGACGAGCAAAUGGCGCUCCAAAUAAUUGAAAAUAUUUCAAAUCCGCCCAAGAAAAUGAUUCUACAGGAUCAUGAAGGCGGUGCAGAUCGUCUUUUCAACGACUAUUUUUCUCCCAAUCCGAGGAAAGAUGCUGCACAACGACCUGGAUUGUCGCCAUUGCAGAAAUGUACAGCAGCUAUUCGCAUGCUUGCAUAUAGAUCCCCAGUUGAUAUACUUGAUGAAUAUAUACAAAUCGGCGAAAGCAUGCUUGGAAGCCUUGAUUGCAUGCAUUGGGCCUGGAAAAAUUGUCCAGUAGCAUGGAAAGGCCAAUAUACACGAGGUGAUCAUGGUCAUCCCACAAUCAUGCUUCAAGCAGUUGCGUCGGUGGAUCUCUGGAUAUGGCAUGCAUAUUUUGGUGUGGCUGGGUCCAACAACGACCUUAAUGUAUUGAGUAGAUCAAACUUAUUUCAAGAUGAAUUACAAGGUAGAGCUCCAAAAGUUUAUUUUAAUGUUAAUGGUACUACAUACACCAUGGGUUACUACCUUACAGAUGAUGAGCGACAAACAUAUUCAAGAAAAUUUCCUGCUGCCGAUUUUUCACAACCAAUUGAUCGUGAUGAUACCCGUCAAGGACACACUGAGGAUUUUGAAUCGUAUCUGGCAAGAGAUGUAACAAUUCGAGACAGAGAAAAGCAUCAUCAACUCAAGGCGGAUCUAGUUGAGCAUAUUUGGACGCAUUUUGGAAAUCAAGACAAUAUGUAG